GGCCCCGCCCUUGUGUCACGUGGUGGGCGGGGCCCCAGCCAGCAGCGCGGGCCGCAAUGGAAGCGGCUGGGACUCGCGGGGAACAGGGUCAGCGCAGUGCACAGGGCCGGGCGCUGUACUUCUGCAGCAGCAUCCGCGGCGGCCGCGAGGACCAAGCGCUGUAUGCGCGCAUUGUGUCGCAGCUGCGGCGCUUCGGGGUGGUGCUCACAGAGCACGUGGCGGCGGCCGGGCUGAGCGCUCACGGGGAGGGGCCGCCCAGGUCUGACAGAUUCAUCCAUGAUCGUGACAUGGUCUGGCUGCAGCAGGCAGACGUGGUGGUGGCUGAGGUGACACAACCUUCCCUGGGGGUCGGCUAUGAGCUGGGCCGGGCUGUGGCCCUCAACAAGCCAGUGUUGUGCCUCUUCCGCCCACAGUCUGGCCGAGUGCUUUCUGCCAUGAUCCGGGGAGCCGAGGAUGGCUCACGGUUCCAGGUGUGGGACUACGACGAGGGACAGCUGGAGGCGCUGCUGAACCAAUACUUUGAGGCUGGUGACUCUGAGCAGGGAUCUGCAGCCAGGGACCAGGGGCCUGUCUAACCCACUGCCUCGGAUCCUUCCCAUCCCUGCCUCUUAGCCCUGAGAGCGAAUUAAAAAAUUCAUUUAAAAUUCUAA